CAGGGAGGAUGUGCCACUUGCAACUGAGCCACACUGGUCAGGGCAAGGCAGGCUAUUUAAGGGGUUCCCUCAUGUUGAAAAAGCACUCAAGAUGGGGACCCUGCCGAAACGGAAGGAUAUCCCACCGUGGGUGAAAGUUCCGGAAGACUUGAAAGAUCCCGAGGUGUUCCAGGUCCAGACGCAGCUGCUGGAGGCCAUGUUUGGCCCAGGCGGAUCUCGGAUCCCGUACAUCGAGCAAGUGAGCAAAGCCAUGCUUGAGCUGAAGGUCCUGGAAUCCUCGAACCUCACCGAGGUCGUGGUUUACGGCAAUUACAUGUACAAACUCCGAACCAAGUGGAUGCUCCAGUCCAUGGCUGAGAGGCACCGCCUGAGGCAGGAGCGAGGGAUGCUCAGACUUGAGCAAGCCAUGAAUGCCCUCGAGCUAGACCCUUUGAUGAAGUGAGGCCAGUUUGCAACCAACGUACCUGGGACCAGGAUGUGAACGACAGGCUGUGGAGAGCUGGAGAGGAUCUAUCCCGGUUUAAACUGUGCUGCAGCUUGACAAGGAAAACAGCUUGUUGUGGUUUUCUGCAUUUGCCUCUUGAGUCCUGAGGUGAUUUUUUCCCCAAGGUUGCU